UUUAUUAUCUAAUCAUCGUUGACAUUCGGGACUGAAUAAAAGUGCGUGCACGAAGAACCAGCGGUGAAUAUUGUUGAAGUCCGAAAUGAAGCGCAACAAAUUGCUCACUGCUUAUUUGACAAUAUUUUUAUUUUUCGUCAAUUCAGUCGUUGUAGACUCGUUGGAGUGUUUCCAUUGUACCAACAUUGAUAGCGUGGACAACUGUACUAGCAUUUCAAGAUGUAGCUAUGGACAGUCGUGCUACCUAGAUUUCGUUUCAUCUGGACAGACAAACGUCUUCAAUCUAGGCUGCAUAGAGAAUCAGAAAUGCGGCGUUCUUCCAAACAAUGGACCUGGUAUAGUUGGAAGAGAUGUCAACAAACGUCAAUCACAGACAUGCCACGAGUGCUGCAGUACGGAUAAUUGUAAUAAACACCUCUGUGAACAUUUAAAACCAACGGCAUGUGUUGAUAGCGAGAAGGUUGACUGUGCAUAUAUGAACACUGUAGCAAAUCUGUGUCUGGAUAUUCUUCAUGCAAAAACAAUAUGCCCAAGGUUCUGUGGACUUUGUUCACUUGUUGACGGGGCAUGGACAGACUGGUCUGCAUGGUCAAGCUGUGAUGUUACAUGUGAAAACGGUACCCAGUCUCGACACCGAACAUGCACCAAUCCGGCUCCAGCGAAUGGUGGUUUAAAUUGUACUGGAAAUGAAAUGGAAACUAAAGUGUGUCAGAGAGAAUUAUGCCCAGUUCACGGAGGCUGGACUAAAUGGCAGGAUUGGGAAACAUGCUCUGUCAGCUGCGAUAUCGGGAUUCAGAGACAUCAUCGUACAUGUACUAACCCUGUGCCAGAUAGGUUCGGAGAUAAUUGCUACGGCGAUACCAUGGAUGUCAAGUUGUGUUUCCCGGGACCUUGCGCGAAUGGUGGUUGGUCAAACUGGGGAGUAUGGGACAGCUGCACUGUCACCUGCGGGGGUGGAACAAAGACCCGGUCAAGGACAUGUACAAAUCCCCGUCCAUCACCGUUAGGAAAGAACUGUGAAGGCGAUACCAACCAGGUGUCAGCAUGUGGCAAUGACGUCUGUCUGCCUAACGUUGCCUUUAACGCUUACUCGGUUGACGACUUGAGUCCUGCUGCAGGCCAGACCAUGGUUUUUACUCGCGUCUUGGUGAACGAGGGAGGAGCUUACAAUAAUUCUACAGGGGAGUUCACGGCACCUGUGCAUGGAACAUACUCAUUCAGUGCACAAAUGUGUUUUGCUAACAAUCAGAAUUUGUACUUUGACAUCAAGGUAGGGGACACGACGUACGCCUCAUCCUAUGCAUUUGAUGCUAGUGCUGUUUCUUGUCCCAUGGCACAGGCUGUUGCCACCGUGAAGAAGCAUCAGAAAGUGAUUGUGCAGUGGACACACACCACGUACACCGGGAACUAUAUAGUGCGUGGUGAUGCAUUAAGGAACUACUUUACGGGAAUAAUAGUCCAUGCAUAGAUUUAUUUAGAAGGUUGUUAAAUUUUCCAUAUUUGUAUUGUCCAAUAAUUUCAAGUCCAUAUUAAAUUUACAGACGUCGGUACAAAUUCUUGAGAA